GGAGACGGACGAAACCUGCUUGCUUAUCUCUCGCUCCGCAUCAGAUCUUCUGUCGCUGCUGUUUCUCUGCUCAGAUCGUCAAGGAUCCUAAGCUGAGUAAACUCCACGGUGGCACUUUUUGACAACUUCAUUCGGUUUUCUCUGCUCUUUAGGGAAUUAAAACAUUCAUUCAGCGCGAAGCCACAAUUGGGAAGGCAAUGUUUCCAUUUUUUUCCAGAUCGCUUUUCUAAGAAAAUAUUUGCUCUGGAUACUUUACAAGAGGCUUUGUUUCUUAUUCUGUAUUUGAGUUAAUUAAUAAUGUAGGAGCUCUCUCUCCUUGGGAUCCAACUGGUGAAGGCUGUUAAAGAAAACAAGAGGCUGCUGUGUGAACCCAGCGCCCGCCCGCCUGCUUACUGCUGCUGCUGCUGCUGUGAGGAACCUGGUUUAACUCAAAUACUGUGGAAGAAGAUUUUGGAUCUUCGUGUGAAACUCCAAAAAAUACCUGAUAGAAAAUACUAUGGAUUCCAAGUGAAUGGAGUUCAGCCCCUUUGAACUGCAUCCCUAGAAACAGCAGACGUUGAGGAAAUGUUGGAUUCGGUGAAAUGUGUUCUGGUGGGAGACGCUGCUGUUGGGAAAACAGCACUGUUGCUGCGUUUUACCUCUGAGACUUUUCCAGACAGUUACAAGCCGACCGUGUAUGAAAACACAGGAGUUGAAGUUUUCCUGGAUGGAAUCCAGAUUAGUUUGGGUCUUUGGGACACAGCGGGCAGCGACACUUUCAAAGGGAUCCGUCCUCUUUCCUACCAGCAAGCUGAUGUGAUCUUGAUGUGCUUUUCAGUGGCCAAUCACAACUCGUUCCUGAGCCUGAGGAACAAAUGGGUUACAGAGAUCAGGACCCACUUGCCUCGGAUCCCAAUUUUAGUGGUGGCGACUCAGACUGACCAGAGAGACGCAGGACCUUAUAGCGCAGCCUGUAUCAGCUCUGUGCAUGGGAAGCAACUGGCCAAGGACAUCCGAGCGAAGGGCUACGUGGAGUGCUCGUCUCUCAGCAACAGGGGAGUGCAGCAGGUGUUUGAGUGCGCUGUCCGGACUGCAGUGAAUCAAGAAAGAAAACGAUCCAGGAGGAACAUUUUCUCUGUCAAUGAGUGCAAGAUCUUUUAAGCAACAGGCACAAAAUUAUUUCCUUCUGAUGGCAAUCUACACACACAGAAAACUGCAUCACUCCAAGUUUUGUUUGCCUGGCAGACUAAUCAGGAUUGGGAACUUUGCAUGAUAGGCACAGCAAACUAUCUUUCCCUAGAAAAUUGUUCUGAAAAUGUUUUUACUCCAAGUUCUCCCAAUUUGGAGAACUGGGAGACAUUAGAGCCUUACAAACUGGAUCGCAGUCUUGUUAUUAUUGUUGGGCAUGUUACAAUAUAUUUAUUUAACAUUGGACGUGUCGUUGCUUUUCCUAAAUACCAGAGCUUGUCUUGAAUUGUUGGGGAUAUAAUUUAAGAGGCAGACUUAUUUUGGUUUUCGUGUUAAUGGCCUUCCAUGCAAAAAUAUCACAGGAAUUUUUAUUUGUGGAGCUGCUGAGAAAUAUCAGCAAUUGAAAUUUUGCUCGUGCACGCAUGCAUGCGUGCACACACGCACAUGUGUGCGCUCACAGAGCAGUUCCCAAUGUUCUCUGGAGAAAAUGAAUAUUUGUUAAAAUCAAUGUUAGACAGGAACAGGGGUCACCAAACUUGCUGAGCUUGUGAGCACUUUUAGAUUUUGGGAACGGAUAGCAGGCACCACCACAAAAUUACCUCCAAGUGGACUAGGUCCAGUCAUAAAAUUGGAGAGGCUCCACAAAAUGCUACAAGGCUCCAGCCAAACAUCCUCCUACGGUGGCAGCAGCUGUUUCCAAAUGGGUGCUCCCUGUAAGCACAUAGGUGAUGCCUCCUGGGUUCUUCUGGAGCACCAUCUCUUCCAGUCAGGCAGAAAAAAAUCGGGCUAGGCUCUUUGCUUUACAGGAGAAUGGCGUGGAUGCCAUGUUGAGGAUCAAAGGUUUAUAAUGUAGAUGUGCCUGUUGAUUGUUACAAGGCUAAAAUAGCUCAUAGCUUACUUUCCCCCCAGACCUA